UGCUCUUGGGACAUGGAGACCAGCAGAAAGAAGCUUGAUUGUGGAGAGGUGCCCUAGCGGAGGGAUGUCUGCCACAGUCCAGGCACGCCACAGAGGGUAGAAGCACAGUGAAUGCAUGGGUUUGGAUGUCUUCAGAAAAGAAUAGCUGAUGUGCGUCCCCAGCCUUUCUGCAGAAGGAUUUAUCAGGGGACAUCAUGGGCUCUUUGAAUUCCAGAGGUCACAAGGCAGAGGCCCAGGUGGUAAUGAUGGGCCUCGACUCUGCUGGCAAGACCACAAUCCUGUACAAACUGAAAGGAAACCAGCUGGUGGAUACCCUACCCACUGUUGGUUUUAAUGUAGAGCCUCUUGAGACUCCUGGACAUGUGUCACUGACUCUCUGGGACAUUGGGGGACAGACUCAGCUCAGAGCUACCUGGAAGGACUACCUGGAAGGCAUCGACCUCCUUGUGUACGUGCUGGACAGCACAGAUGAAGCCCGCUUGCCUGAGGCGGUGGCUGAGCUCAAGGAAGUCCUGGAAGACCCUAACAUGGCCGGCGUCCCUUUCUUGGUAUUGGCCAACAAGCAGGAGGCUCCUGAUGCUCUACCAUUGCUUGAAAUCAGAAACAGGCUGGGCCUGGAAAGGUUCCAAGACCAUUGCUGGGAGCUGCGGGCCUGCAGUGCGCUCACAGGUCAGGGGCUGCAGGAAGCCCUGCAGAGCCUGGUGCAUUUGGUGAAGUCCUAAUGACAUGCAGUAACCUCUGGCUCCAGGCUGGAGCAGGACAGGGAGCAGCAUCAGCUGGACCCCCUGAGCAGGCAGAACAGCUUAUCCUUGUUUCUAUGAACAGGAGGGGCCACCUGAGCCUUGAGAAAGUGAAGCUCAGCUUGCCAUAUGAAAAACUACAUUUCUCUUGGACAGAAUAUUUACUUAGGACUUAUUCUCAGUGGCAGUUAUGCUGAAAAUCAACUGUUCUUCAAGUAACAAUAAUCAGAGGAAUAUAAAAAUCUUCACAGUACCCUGUGUAAGAGCUCAGUACCAAGUGUCAAUGUAACAAAGUUGGUGACAUAAUAAUUGACGACCAAGUUCACAAAUGAAAAGAAGUUUCAAAACUGCAUCUGAGUGUCAUCAGGCCUAUCACUAUCAUCUGAAUGUCACUGAACCUAUCACUGUCAUCAGGAGUGACUCUUCCUGCUGGCCUCUGGGCAGGAGCCACUGUCACUCAAACAUUUAGCUGGGCUGGCAGCAGUGAGGGGCAGGUCUGCUUCCACAAAGCUGCAGGAGUCCAUUGGGCCCUUGAUCCUCCCAGAAUUCCCCCUGCUCUCCAACUCUGACUAACUCUUCUCUGCCCUACAUCCUCUGUUGUUGAAAGAAAAAAAAAGUAA